CCGGAGGAGGCGGAGGCCGAGGAGGAGGAAGCCGGAAGUGCAUCGGGCCCGGGUCGGUCCGGGCGUUGCGGGAUCAGGGCCUGGGAUCGCUCGGCCCCCAGCAGCUGAGAAACCUGUGACUGGGAGGAGCGGCGCCUUCCCGGCCCUGAGACCUGCUGACCGCCCCGCGCCGGCCUCACCUGUCACGGACCCAGCGCACUGCUCUCCUCUCCGGGACUGGCAGGCUCUGCGCGCCCCGCAGAGGUCGGCGGCGACCAACAGCGACCGCGGAGCGACGGCGGGCGGCCCCGGGCAUGUACGCUCCCGGAGGCGCAGGGCUGCCCGGUGGGCGCCGGCGGAGGAGCCCGGGAGGCAGCUCUUUGCCCAAGCAGCCGGAGCGUAGCCUGGCCUCGGCCCUACCUGGCGCCCUGUCCAUCACGGCGCUGUGCACUGCCCUCGCCGAGCCAGCCUGGUUGCAUAUCCACGGAGGCACCUGUUCCCGCCAGGAGCUGGGGGUCUCGGACGUGCUGGGCUACGUACACCCGGACCUGCUGAAAGAUUUCUGCAUGAACCCCCAGACAGUGCUGCUCCUGCGAGUCAUUGCCGCCUUCUGCUUCUUGGGCAUCCUGUGCAGUCUCUCCGCAUUCCUUCUGGAUGUCUUUGGGCCCAAGCAUCCAGCCCUGAAGAUCACCCGUCGCUAUGCCUUUGCCCAUAUCCUCACCGUUCUGCAGUGUGCCACCGUCAUCGGCUUCUCUUACUGGGCUUCUGAACUCAUCCUGGCCCAGCAGCAGCAACAUAAGAAGUACCAUGGCUCCCAGGUCUAUGUCACCUUUGCUGUUAGCUUCUACCUGGUGGCAGGAGCUGGCGGAGCUUCGAUCCUGGCCACAGCAGCCAACCUCUUGCGCCACUACCCUACAGAGGAAGAGGAGCAGGCGCUGGAGCUGCUCUCCGAGAUGGAAGAGAACGAGCCCUACCCGGCAGAGUAUGAGGUCAUCAACCAAUUCCAGCCGCCCCCGGCCUACACACCCUAAUGCCAACUGUGGGCUUUCUUCCUCAGCAGCCCCUCCCCUGACUCUGCAGCUCCUCUCGUGCCCAGAGGAGCGCCUUUCCUCAGCAGGCCUCGCUGGUAGGAUCCUGACCAUCUUCACCAAACCUUCCCUAGGAGAGACUCUGCCUUUAGGGUGGUCCAUGUAUCCCUGUUCUCGAAACCUGAGGUUCAUCAGUUUUAUAUACUGCACUGUUUCCCCUCCCACCACCUCCUGUUCCCGUCACACUCCUAGUCAGUACCAGCCAGGGAUGGUCAUACAGGUUUUCUCCCCUCAUGGGCCGUGUCUUUGGGACUAGACUUUCCUUGGUGAGCUGCUGAUAGUGGAUAGUCCCAGACAGAAGCAGUGUCAACGAGGCCCAAGGGAAAGGGGACUGUGCCCUGCAGGCUCACCUCACAGGGCUCGUUUGUUCCACAGCUGUAGCUCUGGGCUGACCCCGCCCCCAUUCCCAUUCCUUCUCGGAGUGCUCCAAUACCAGGCUCCCCACUCUGAGAGUUCUCUGCACUUUAGUCUUUGGACUUCUCCUCACAUGUGUUCUGGUUUUUGGGGAGAAGGAAUUUUGUUGGGAAAGCAGAGCAGUUGCUUGCCCCGUCCUGCCCUAGCUUCGUGUGGCUGGAGCCCAGGCCAGGAGAGCAGAACCCGCCUUGAGACUGAGGCCGCCUGGUGCCUGUCACCAAUCAAGUGAAGGGGCUACAUCUUCCCAGCCCCUUCACCUUUUAAAUGUGAGUGGUUUUAAAAGGAAAAAGAAAAACUAAGCAACAGCAACAAUAUUCUCUUUAUAAAAUAGGGACAAG